CGAAUCCCACCCCUUUCCUUGUUCUUCUAUCUCCUCUUUCCUUGGUGGCUCAGAACAAAGACCAGAUACAAACUAACUAACUGCUCCUCUCUACAAUGCGCAUGGUGUGCGCAUGGAGCUAACCUACGCCUCUUCCAGCAUUCCUAAUCUCACUGCGAUGCCGCACCGCUCCAUCAAGAUCAUUCCGUUGGAACAUCCUUCUACGUCGACUCCGUCCUCGUCGCCGUCGCAAUUGUCGGCGGCGGUGUCGAAAUGGACGGCCAGGAUGAAGCAGAAGACGCGCGAUGAGUGGAUUGAGAUGUUCGUGCCGUGUUAUAGGUGGAUGAGGAUUUAUAAUUGGAGUGAGUAUUUGCAGGCUGAUCUUAUGGCUGGUGUUACUGUUGGUGUUAUGCUUGUUCCUCAGUCAAUGUCUUAUGCAAAGCUAGCUGGGCUUCAUCCAAUCUAUGGACUCUAUUCUGGAUUUGUGCCUAUAUUCGUAUAUGCCAUAUUUGGGUCAUCUCGUCAGCUUGCAAUUGGUCCUGUAGCAUUGGUUUCACUGCUGGUGUCAAAUGUAUUAGGAAGUAUAGUUGAUCCUUCAGAUGACAUGUACACCGAACUUGCUAUAUUAUUGGCGCUCAUGGUGGGAAUUAUGGAGUGCAUAAUGGGGCUGCUUAGGCUUGGAUGGCUAAUCCGCUUCAUCAGCCACUCUGUGAUUUCUGGAUUUACAACUUCUUCAGCUAUCGUAAUUGCUCUAUCUCAAGCGAAAUAUUUUCUGGGAUAUGAUGUUGAUGGAAGUAGCAAAAUUAUUCCGGUGGUUACUAGUAUAAUUAAUGGAUUUGACAAGUUCCUAUGGCAACCUUUCAUAAUGGGAUCCUUUAUUCUUGCAAUUCUGCUGAUUAUGAAGCACCUGGGAAAGACAAGGAAAAACAUGCGGUUUUUGCGAGCUGCUGGUCCUCUUACGGCAGUUGUAGUGGGUACAACUUUUGCGAAAAUAUUUCACCCAUCUUCUAUUUCUUUGGUGGGAAACAUACCCCAGGGCCUCCCGGAAUUUUCUAUUCCUAAAGGUCUUGGCCAUGCCAAGUCUCUAAUCCCGACUGCAAUGCUCAUUACUGGGGUGGCUAUAUUGGAGUCUGUCGGAAUUGCUAAGGCCCUAGCGGCAAAGAACGGUUAUGAAUUGGAUUCUAAUCAAGAGUUGUUUGGUCUUGGUGUGGCAAAUAUCCUUGGUUCAAUGUUUUCAGCAUAUCCUACAACAGGCUCCUUUUCUAGAUCAGCUGUCAAUCAUGAAAGUGGAGCAAAAACUGGCUUAUCUGGAAUCUUGAUGGGGAUCAUAAUGUGUUGUGCUCUUCUCUUUAUGACUCCAAUAUUUGAGUACAUACCUCAGUGUGCUCUUGCUGCUAUUGUUAUAUCUGCUGUAGUUGGCCUGGUGGAUUAUGAUGAGGCUAUAUUCUUGUGGCGUGUUGAUAAAAAAGAUUUUCUACUGUGGACCAUUACUAGUUUGACGACCUUGUUUCUUGGGAUAGAGAUUGGAGUUCUUGUUGGGGUUGGUUUCUCUCUCGCUUUUGUAAUCCAUGAAUCAGCCAAUCCUCAUAUUGCUGUCUUGGGGCGCCUUCCAGGUACCACUGUGUAUAGAAACAUUCGGCAGUAUCCAGAAGCAUAUAGAUACAGUGGCAUUGUGGUUGUUCGAAUCGAUGCGCCUAUUUAUUUUGCCAAUAUAAGUUACAUAAAAGACAGGCUGCGGGAGUACGAACUUGAGAUUGACGAACCUACAAGACGUGGUCCAGAAUUGGAGAGAGUAUACUUUGUCAUAUUGGAGAUGGCACCUGUCACAUAUAUAGACUCCAGUGCCAUCCAAGCUUUAAAGGACUUAUAUAUAGAAUACAAGUCAAGAAACAUCCAGCUAGCCAUUUCCAACCCUAACCGGGAUGUUUUGUUGUCCCUAACAAGAUCCAGUGUCGUGGAUCUUAUCGGUAAAGAGUGGUACUUUGUGAGAGUGCAUGAUGCAGUUCAAACUUGCCUUCAACAUGUACAGAGUUUGAGUGCAUCAGGGAAGUCACCAGAGUUGGAAUCAGAUUAUAGGCCAAAUCUUUUCCAAAGAGUUCUAAAACCGAGGGCAGAGGACUUUACAACAAGCGAAUUGGAGUCGGGUUAUAAACAUGUUCCCAUCUCUAAAGAGACGAACCCGAAUUUGGAGCCAUUGCUACCGCCGCGGAAGUUUUGAAAGAAACAGACUUCACAGCUUGUAUACUCUGGCGUGCAUUAUGGAGCGACUCCCUUAUAUAUUCCACCAAGGAUUUUUGUUCAUUGCAUUCCUUGUGCAUAGCAAGUUAGGUGUUACUCAGUUGGGGAUAGUGUCAUGUAAGUUCCAACUACUGCCUGUACUUAUAAUUGGAAAUGCACAGUAUCUAGAUGUAUAUGCAGCGAGUUUCAAGUAGAUUAUUUUGUUGUACCAAGUGGUUCUAUUAUUCUGGAUAUUCUCUUUUUUGUUUUAAUAUUUCAAAGGCACGCUUGUGCAGUAAAAUGACUUCCCUCUUCUUCUUC